UUAUCGAAAGCAAUUAUUUUAUAUCUUAUUUACUAAUGACAGAGUUACUUUAAUGUUUCUCCAUAAUUAAAGAACCACGAUUUGUUCCUGUCUAAAAUCAGACAAUUGAAUUAGUUCAUUUCAUUUUUUAAUUUGAAAUUAGUAACGAAUUUUUGGUUAAAAUAUCGAUAGAUAUCGAUAAGACACCCUCCCAUGCUGUUUUGUUUUUCUUUUUAAAGAAUUCGCACAUCUAUUGGCCAGGUUGCUUCAACGAAAAUUAUUAAAUCGGGCACCCAGCAAACAUGCCUCGGUGCUUUCAGAAAUCCCACAUUGUGGCAAAAUUGAAGGCCCAGCGGAAAGCCAAGUCCAGUGAAAAUGAAUCGGAUUCUGGGAGCGACUUCGAGGAGGAUGGAGAUCCGGCAGAGAAUAGCUUAAAAUUCAACCUCCAGGCCCUGGAGCUGACGUGCCAUUCCACCCACCCAUCCGAAAAUGUGGGAAUGCUGGGGCAGCAGCUGCAGGAUAAGGGCCUGAACUCGGAACAGGUCUUUCCCAACUGCCUGGUGUCGGUGCCAGUGCCCCUGUUUGUUGCCAAAGAUGGGCACACCCCGCACCUGGAGCACUGCCAGAAGAGAUCGCACAGUUUCGACGAAUGGCUGCGGACACUACAGAUUUCCAGAACCCGAUUCGAGAAGCGGACCAAGACAAUGAGGCAGCGCGAGAAGAAACAGAGUCUAAACAUUUAUGACAAGAGCCUCUUUGAUAUGGCGGAGCUAAUAGCCCGCCAGGACAACCCCCACUUUCGGGACAGCUUCGACUACUACUACACGGGUGGGAAUCUCAACACCAUGCCAUUUAAACUGGGCAGCAUGGCAAUGCACGUCAGUGGCCCGGAUCUCAGGGACCUCCACUUUUCCGAGGUGAAAACGGAGGCAGAAGUAUGGAAUCCCAUACACUCCAUGCACAUAGAAGAGGCCUCCAGUGAAAUCUUUCAGAUUCUGCCUGUGAAGAGUUUUCGGGAAGACCACGACCGCCUGCUCCUGACCCGGUUCCUCAAGGAAGUCGUUCUCUACGAGUUGAAGGAGAAGGUAGAGGCGGAGGAUGAGUUUAGCUACGAACUGGUGUGCCAGAGCAAGUACAGCAGCAAUGAGGCUCCGUUUAUAAGUACCGCUCAGUCGCUGGGAGAUGCCAAUACCCUGGCUUUGGCUUCUCAAGAUCGUUCUCUGAGAUUUGUGAAUAUUGAGACCCAACAGGAUAUAGCCAAGCACGAUGUUUGUUUGCUCAAAGGACUCCAGCAGUCGUCCAGUACUUGGGCCCAAAUUAUACCAGCUAGUGGAAGUACUUUUCAUUAUCUUACACAGCCAGUUCUCUUAACUGUCGACGUGAGAUGCGAUAAACCCAUAAAUCCCUGCUUCGCCAGCAGCGUGCACUCCAGGAACUGCGAGAACUUCUCCUGCCUGACCAAGAGCGCCAAUCCGAACCUCCUCUAUGUGGCCAGCAAUCAUAAACUGCACUGUUUGGAUCUGAGGUGCCUGGGCAAGAAGCUCACCGAUCGCUCGGUUGUAACCUGGACCCAUCAGAUGAACUAUCCGCCCUGCUUCCUGGACACCUUUGCCCAUGAGAGCGGCGAGUACGUGGCGCUUGGUGGGAUUCUCCCCAAUGACCAGAGAAUUUGCGAAAUGAAGGGAUACCUGGCGGAGAGUGUGGAUGAAAUGUUCUCUCCGGCACUGCCGUACCAACCACCCACACUAAAUGAGGCUCUUCUCGAGGCCAGACUGAGUGGCUAUGUGGACAUCUACGCCGAUCUUACGGAGCGCGUCAAGGCCUGUACAACAGGGAUGCGCUUCAGCCGUCUGGAGAGGACAAGUGAUCAGGCCUUUGCCCAACUUUUGACGGCCAACAGUCUGGGGGAUGUGUACUGCCAGAGGAUGUCACUUCGGGAUGACGACGAGCACAUUCAGGAGAUGAGAACAGGUCUUCAUACCACCGAAGUCAUUCGGUACUGUGGCGAACUGGUGCAGGAGCGUGUGGAGCAUCGGAAACUGCGUUGCACGAAUGUCCAGAGGAUUCCGGAGAUCAGAGAAAUCCUGCGAGAGGGAGCCAAGCGACCAGAAGUCGAGGAGAAACCCACCAUUAUAGAGUAUGUAGAAAUAGACUAUGGCAUUGAGGACUCGGAGGAUUCGGACAGUAAAAAGGAGAUCUCGAAGGAGAGUUUUAAGCCAAAAAAGAAGAAAAUAAAGAAGGAGAAGAACAUCAGGAAAGGAGGGUCAGCAUCGCCCAAAAAGAAUAAAACUGGAAAGAGGAAUUUAAAGAAGGACAGGGGCAUCAGUCGCGGGCCUUGGCAGAAGUCCGCCUAUCAGCUGUCCCACUACACGGACAUGUUGUCCGUCCAGCUGCUGGAUAUCUGGGACAUGGAGGAAUUCGAUCACACCCGGGAUGUGACCAGGGAAGAGCUCCAAGAGCGUCUGGAGGAUAGCAAUGAGGAGCCAGAGACGCGCAUGGCCGACUGGCUGAAUAAGCUGCCAGUGAAGCCGGAAGACCCAAAAGACGAGGAUAAGAGUCCCAAUGUUCCUGGUACCAACCUGCCCAAGCUCUACAGUGCCAUCACAGCGGAGUACACGAAAGUAACUGACGAGGAAAUAGAGGAGGCCGGGCUGAACACCAGUCUUCCAUCGUAUAUUAGUCCCAAAAAGGAAAUUGAAGUUGCCAGGAAGCGCUUGCAUUCCACUUUGCUGCCAGGACAGAAUACCAUCAUCGAAAGUGGCUAUAAUUUUAAUCCGACGCCAGCUAAGAAGCCCAAGAAGUAUGUCAAGGGAUUCUAAAUCUAGAUAUUACCAGAUAUUAGUGUUAAUUAUAAUCUUGUUUCAUUUUUAAAAUAAAUAUGAAUUAAAGUUGCUUUAUAUUUGAUGGAUAA